GCGUUUCAAUUAGACAAGUCCAGUAAAACAGCGCCAUCUAUUGACGAAUAUAGUAAUGAAAUGAAAACGUUUUUCCUUUCAAACUCUGUGUCCUAGAAAACGAAACCGGCUGUUAGCUGAUUGUCAAGCCACAAGUGCGUGUUAGAUCCUUACUAUCUUAGUUAGCUAAUCGAAAAUGGCAUCCCCUGUGAAAGUAUGUGUGACUGGUGCUGCCGGUCAGAUUGGCUACUCUCUGGUGUACAUGAUUGGCUCUGGUGCUGUUUUUGGCCCCAACACGCCUGUCUCUCUUCACCUCCUUGACAUCCCACCCAUGAUGGGGGCACUUGAAGGUGUCUGCAUGGAGAUAGCCGACUGUGCUCUACCAUGUGUCAGAGACGUUGUUCCUACUGCUGACCCUGCUGUGGCAUUCAAUGACAUUGAUGCUGCCUUCUUGGUGGGAGCAAUGCCUCGCAAAGAAGGCAUGGAGCGAAAGGAUCUGCUGGCAGCUAAUGUGAAGAUCUUCAAAGUUCAGGGAGAAGCGCUGGACAAAUAUGCCAAGAAGAGUGUUAAAGUUUUGGUUGUGGGUAAUCCAGCCAACACCAAUGCCCUCAUUUGCUCCCAGUAUGCACCCACGAUCCCUAAAGAGAAUUUCUCUGCAAUGACCAGACUGGAUCAAAACCGGGCCCAGGCUCAGAUAGCGGCGCGCCUGGGCGUGCCAGUAGCGGAGGUGAAGAACUGCAUCAUCUGGGGUAACCAUUCGUCCACGCAGUUCCCGGACGUUCGCCACGCCACCGUCAACGGCAAGCCUGUUUACGAGGCGGUCAAUGAUGACGCCUGGCUCAUGGGAGACUUUAUCUCUACGGUGCAGAAGCGCGGCGGUGCCGUCAUCGCUGCCCGCAAGCUGUCAUCAGCGAUGUCGGCGGCCAAGGCGGCCUGUGACCACAUGAGCUCUUGGUGGAAUGGCACUCCCGACGGCCAGUUCGUCAGCAUGGGUGUCUUCAGCGAUGGUUCUUACGACACUGCGCCCGGAGUCAUGUUCUCGUUCCCUGUCCACAUCAAAGAUCGCAAAUGGUCUAUCGUGCAGGGUCUUCCCAUUGAUGACUUUGCGAAGGGGAAGCUUGAAGCUACCGGCAAGGAGCUGUGCGAGGAACGUGACGACGCCAUGUCGGUGUGUGCCGCUGCUCAAUAGGAUGACGAAGCAGCUGUUUCUAAACUCUGAAAUUCAUCACUGCUGGUCAUUGAAAUUUACCAUGGUGCAUAUCUCUCCUAGCCAGCAGCUCUUAUUCAAUUAUACUACUUCCUGCUUGAAGCAUACAGCCAGGGCUCACGCCUACACAUCUUUAGUCUUAAAUUCGAUCAUCACCUCUGAAUCUAAAGAUAAAUUCCCAUCCAUCUGUUCUCGGGAACCAUGCCAACAAUGAAGCUGCGGACAACAUAUGCACAGAGUUUCUGUUGAACUACCCCAGAAGUGUUCGUUUUGUGAAUGACCUUGUCGGUAAUAAAUGGGCAUCUUGUGCAAGGCUGAGUCAAUGGAGCAGCGUAAAAAUGACACUAAAAUUGAGAAAACUUUAAAUUUUCACUGGCAAUUACAACCUUGUCUUGCCAGGUUUCCGUUUGGAUCCUUCCGUCUUUUUUAAAGCAGAAUAGGACCACACGUGGCAAUUUUUUGCGCUCAUGGAUGAUUCCAUGCUGCCGCGUUGUUAGCCAUGUUUUUUAACAGCACAAUUUUUCUUGGUUUUUGCUAAUCUUUUUGGAGAUGCUUGUCUUCAGUUAUCUCCUGCCUUGUAACCCAUGCGCGCCUACACCCACUCAAACGCUGCCUCGGAGUGGUGCUUUCGAAGCUGGCUACCUUAUAAACUUCUUAAGAGCAAUCAGUAUAUUAAUCAAAAUAGGUUCUAUUGAGACAUUAGACAAUUUUUGAAGCGAAAUGUGCAACUGCACAGAACUCAUUCGCAUCAUUAUUUCCCAUGAGAAAUGUUAUUCGAAAUAGAUCGUCAAUAAAUUAUAAUUUUAAAUAGCUUUUAAAAUGUUUUGUGAAAGGAUGGCACUAGUAAGAUUCCAUUUCAUCAUCGUUGAUGUAUGAAUUUAUGCAAAUUUAAUGCUGAAGAUGAUACACCUGCAGUAAUAACGUCUCCCUAUAAUAACUCCGAUUAUACUCAUUGCAUUACGUCUCAAUCAUUGUGAUUGACUCGUAUAAAAAAAUUGUACAUCAAACGAACGAUCAAAUUUUAAACUCCUUUUUAGCAAAUUUUGUCUAGCAAUUAGAUACAUCCUUUAUUAAUAUACAGCUUAUUGCAAACCUCUGCUCAGCCCCUUGUUCUGUUCAUCAUGAUUUAUGUUAAACCCAAGUUUGGCUAAAUGCUUCGAAACUCGUAGUUUUAAGGGCUUUUUCUUUAUUGAAGUCCCUGCCUUAUUCACUGUUAGAGUAGUGCUAUGUUGAGUAGCUGAUAGUAGCACGUUGCUAUCCAGAAGAAUUGCAAAUUUUGUUCGUAGAUGCUUGUACAUAGUUAAAUGAAACAAACUUGUAAGUUUAGUUGCAUCGUUAUACUUUUGUCAAUUCUACUGAUUCUGUUUAAAAAUUGUACGGCACUGCACGUUUUAAUAAUAGCAGGCCUACGCUCAACAAAACGGCAGUCCUCGUCACUCAACCACUCGUAAUUCAUGCUCACCUAUAAAGUUGAUUCCCUUAACGGGUAAGGGUAUGGUUGUUGCUUCUCUCAUCUGUAAACAACCUUGAUAGUUUAUUGUAAUUGUUAAUGCAACUUCAGAGUUUAGAGUCGUAAACUUCACCGUUUGUUGAAAUGUGGGAAUGACUUAUACAUUUCCUACAAGACGUUCCUGGAUUGUUGCAUUCAUUGCUAUUUUCCUAAGAAUUUGUCGUUUACUAUUCAUAUGAUUUCCUUUCUCCUACGAGAAUUAUAUGAAGCCAAAUGUAAUAUUCAUCAAUUGCAAUUUUCUUUUGCUACUCUUUAGAACCAACCGCGAAAAUUAUGUUCUGAUAAGAUUUUGAUAUACUCUUUUGUUUUACACAAGAUUCUUUUGUUCUUUUCUUUCAGACAUGCUAGACAUUGUUGUCUGUUUAAGCGUCAUCAGUAUUUUUCCUCUUGUUACUUGUUCUCCUAGUUCACAGGAUAAUGGGGUUUCGAUUUUAGGUUACGACGUGCCUUAUUACGGCUAGAAAUAUUCACUUUCACGAGGAUUAACUUGAAGCGGCCCCUCUUGCGUUCUUCUCAGUACGAUCAUUAAUGGCUUGCCAUUAACAUCCACGUUUGCAAUUGAGCCUAUUAACGAGGUAAGUCCUGCAAUUGAAUUUAAAAAUCCGUCACUUCAAAAUAUUUAUGAUAUUUCUAUUGCAUUACUUAAACGCGCGGAUCGUGGCUAUAAACUGAGCUACAGCAAGUUUUAUGGUACAGAGGUGCGCUUCAUCGUUGUGCAGCUCACCGGAAUUUUAGCAACUAUUGUUCAUUCGCAUGCAUGACCUUUUAAUUAAUAAGCAUGGGCCGUGAGUAAUUUCAGUUAGUUGCCGCUCGUACAGUCGGUCGGUGAGCUUGUUUUCUUGCUGUGGGAGGUAUAUGCAGAGCUAUCCUAUGCGAUUAAUUUUGUGCCAUUGAUUAUAUUAGCGUUACAUAUUCUCUGAGCACAUAUAGAUGCUCAUUUUGCCCGAAACUGCUCAUUAUUGUCAUGCACUUCUUUCAGUGCUAUUCAGUUAUUGACCACCAGUUAUCCCUCUCAGUUUAGAGCAGCUGCCGAGUUCCGAAGAUGUCUUUAUUGCUGUAAAAAUUUUAUCUUCUAUGUCGGCAAGUUAUUUCUGUCUAUGAUAGGUAAUGCUAUCGAAAUUAUUCUUUUCUCGGUCCGUCUCUGGUUUAUUGAUUCCUUUAAUAAGUUUUAAAAAUAUAUAUCUGUUCGUUUA